UAACCAGAAAUGCAACUUUGGUUACGUUCUCGGUGCGACACACACGGUUACCUCCUCGGCGACGCGCCGGACACUCAGUGGCCCCUUCCCACCUGGAGAGGCUGAUAUAGCCCCGCUGCGUCCCUGCCCGAUCAGCAGUCGAGAUUCUGAAGGUCAUAAAGUUUCUGAUGGUGGUGGUAAGCCAUGGCGUCAGAUGAUAAAGUCGCCAUCUUAACCGAUGAUGAAGAGGAACAGAAGAGAAAGUACGUGCUCGCUGACCCCUUUAAUGGUAUUUCCAGGGAACCAGAACCACCUUCCAAUGAAACGCCCACCUCCACAGAAACCAACGCUCUUCCUGAGGAGGAGAUAGACUGGAUAGAGAAACAUUGUGUCAAAAUAAACAAUGAUCUCCUUAUAUCCAAGGUCUUCUAUUUUUUCUUCUACUCUGCAUACGGCUCUCUUUAUCCACUCCUGCCAGUGUACUACAAGCAGCUGGGGAUGUCACCCAGCCAGAGCGGACUGCUGGUGGGCAUCCGGUACUUCAUUGAGUUCUGCAGUGCCCCCUUUUGGGGUGUAGUUGCAGAUCGCUUUAAAAAAGGCAAAAUCGUCCUCCUCUUUUCUCUUUUGUGUUGGGUGUUAUUCAACCUGGGCAUUGGAUUUGUCAAGCCUGCCACCUUGAGGUGUGUACCAAAGAUCCCCCCAACAUCUCAUCCCACUAACUCCAGUCACCUGCUGACCAUCCCGCCAACCAACUCUUCCCUUGCCACGUCCCCACGGAUGCGGGAGAAGAGGGCCCUGCUCCCUUCCACCUGGCCAGUGAGAGCGGAAACAGAGCCCAAUGUCACAGAAACGGUCAUCUUUUCGACAGCUCCGAACAAGACCAGUGGGCCCACUCUGCAACCUCAGACAGAUGAAAUUACGGAUCAUAUUACGGACUUGACCUUGAGUCCAAGCACAACAAUGCCUGCCUUCCUGGGAAACACAACCAGAGAGACAACCACCACUGUUGUCACCACCACCAAAUCUUUACCGUCCAGUCAAGUCACUCUUGUUUACGAUCAGCAGGAAGUGGAGGCUAUAUUCCUGGUGAUCCUGGUCGUCGUCAUAAUCGGAGAAUUUUUCAGCGCCUCUUCGGUCACCAUCGUGGACACGGUAACGCUCCAGUACCUGGGCAAGCACAGAGACCGCUACGGGCUGCAGCGAAUGUGGGGCUCGCUGGGCUGGGGGCUGGCCAUGCUGUCUGUGGGCAUCGGGAUCGACUACACACACACUGAGGUGCUCAUUGACGGGAAGGGGUGUAGACCCCCCGAGUCCCGGAACUACCAGGUUGUCUUCAUCGUCUUCGGGGUUCUCAUGACCGUGGCUUUGGUCGUCGCCACGCAGUUCCGGUUCCGCUACAACCACUUCAAGCCCGACGAGAGCCAAGGGAAAGAGGAGAUCCCUGCGGCGGACAGGAGCAGCUCCACCGAGUCCUCCGAGGGGACACCCGCCGGCCCGGGCCGCUCGCCGGCCUUCAGCUUCUGGGCCUUGGUGCGGCUGCUGUGCGGCGUGCGCUACGGCUCGGUGCUCUUUGUUGCCUGGUUCAUGGGCUUCGGCUACGGCUUCGUGUUCACCUUCCUCUACUGGCACCUGGAGGACCUGAACGGGACCACCACCCUCUUCGGGGUCUGCUCCGUCCUGAGCCACGUGUCUGAGCUGACGGCCUAUUUCUUCAGUCACAAGCUCAUCGAGCUCAUCGGCCACAUCAGGGUUCUUUACAUUGGCCUGGCCUGCAACACGGCGCGCUAUAUUUACAUUUCCUACCUGGAGAAUGCCUGGACUGUUCUCCCCAUGGAAGUUCUUCAAGGGGUGACGCACGCGGCCAUCUGGGCAGCCUGCAUCUCUUACCUCAGCGCGGCCGUCCCCCCCGAGCUGAGGACCUCUGCUCAGGGCAUCCUACAGGGCCUUCACCUGGGCUUGGGCAGAGGCUGUGGUGCCAUGAUCGGAGGCGUCUUAGUCAAUUACUUUGGGGCUGCCGCAACCUUUCGAGGAAUCGGCAUGGCCUGCCUGGUGAUCCUCCUGCUUUUUGCCCUGAUCCAGUGGCUGGCAGUGCCGGAUGAGGAAGAAGACAAGACAAUGCUGGCGGAAAGGAUUCCCGUCCCCUCUAGUCCGGUUCCCAUAGCAACCAUCGACUUGGUACAGCAGCAGGCAGAGGACGUCCUGCCACGCGUGGAGUCCAGACUUCCGCCCAAGAAGACCAAACACCAGGAAGAACAGGAGGACGUGAACAAGCCGGCCUGGGGGGUCAGCUCCUCUCCCUGGGUGACCUUCGUCUACGCGCUCUACCAAAUUAAAGAGAUGGUGCAGCUGAUGAGAGACAGCCGCGCCCCCGAGAUACAGCCUCUGCAGGGGACCAGUGAGAAUCGGGAAAAUUCUCUAGCUGGUGGAGUCCGGCCUGUCCCACGUGAGACUCACUCUGACCCAUCUAGAAACCAGCCAUCUCCUCAAGCAGCAGCAUCUCAGACGCGGAGCAGCCCCACUCACCCCAGCGUGGCCCAGCGUGUGGAGGAGAGGGAGGACCAGCAGGCUCAGCCUGCCGCUGGGGGACACUGAGGGCGCCACUCAUCUCACACCCUGCAUGGAACCGGGCUCCUCUGCCGGGACAGAGGGAGAGGCUCCCCGAACCUAAGACAUGCCUCACCGUGAGAAGCAUAGCACUGUAUACGCUUCUAAACACCUAAACUCAUCAACAUGGAAACACACACACACACAGGCGCUACAGUACAUACUGGCAGGAACAGGUAAACUCCCAUAAUCCUGUGGAACUCGCAGAAGGGGAAUGGGAGUUCAGUGAAGACGUCCAGCUCCCCGGCUGGUCAGGUUCAGGACUCUAGGACUUCUUUGCCAGUGCAGUAAGGGUUGAAAGCAGCAGUUACACUUAAGUGGAGGGAAAGGAAGUGUUUCACGGUGAAUGCUGAUACAGUUUCCCUCUUCUGAUUAUUUAUUCUAAUUAUUUGGUUCUUAAUGCAAACUGGGAAGAAAUAAAAUAUAAUUUUGAAUCUCUUAAAGAGAACUGUUUCAAAAAUGACAUAUUUAAAAAAGUAGCCAGUUAAAAGUUACUAGCUUAUAUGCUUUUGUUUAAAAAAAAAAAGUUUCAUUAGAAACUUGGCAUAUCUCUAGCAAAUAUAUUUUUAUAUGUAUAUGGUAUAUAAUGAAAACAGUCAAUUCUUUGCAAAAGCCGCAUUGACUACUGCAAACUAAGCUGAGCUUUAACAUGCCUUUUGUUUUAAAUGGGCUUUAAGACCAGAGGAGGGAAUAUUUCAAAUCAACCAACCAAUUCAGUAUCCUGUGGCUUGACAGACAAGGGUUUACUAAAUAUUAUCGGUACUGUAAAUAGCCUCUAUCACUAUUCAAUAAUUUUAUAGUGAUUUGGGCUCUGAGUAGCUGAGGGAAUUUAAAAAAAAAAAUCACUGAGUUCCUAAGGGUUUCUUUAAUUAAACAGUACUAUUUACAAAUAACAGUAUAAGAUUUAAGUGCCUGGGAGAGGGAUACAAUUUUUAAAAAUUACACAAUGGAUAAGUUUUUGUUUUGUUUUUGGUGAGGAGAAAAGGUGGUGCACAGGAAGCCGGAACGGGAAGGAUGAGAAUCGGUAACUGUACUGUCCGAUGGCUGACAGAACAGAUCUCUGUGCGUUCUUUUCCACGAAGACUCUGUCAGACCCUGCACAGAUCAGGGAGAGGUGUGCGCCUGUGAACAUCACAGCCACGUCAGAACAGGGGGUGGGUGGCUCGCGGGAAAAGCUGAGGACGGGAGGAAGCCUCGGGGGAGGGCUGCUGCUUUAGCCGAAUGAAGGGUAUGUGUGAUAACUGAGUGAGCAAAGUUAAAGAUGAGCAACUCACCUCACCUCUUGACCCUGGUUAGACAGGAUGAGUUGUGAACUGAAGGCUUCUCCGUGACACCAUACUUCUGCCCAAUACUGCAACUGGGAGAAGAAAUUCUAUACUUGGAUGUCUAGCUUUGCCACAAAACACAGCUUAGAAAUAAAAUAACGGAAAGAAAUAGAAUUAAGCAAAUAGUUAUUUUUGCACUUGAACUGAAACGUACUGUACUGUAAAUUACCAUGACUCAUUUUAAGUGACCUUUAAAAUCAGAUGUAUUUAUUAUGCUUAUGUAAUUAUAGAAAUAAAGAAAUGGAUGACGGGCUGAACCUCACCUAUGAAUGUACAGUAUGUGGAUUUGUGAAACUGACUUUAGGAAGUCAAAAACUUAUACUGUGUCUUGUGUUUACAGUUCUGAUUUAUUCCUUUGAAAAGCCUGCUGUUUUGGAAAUGCACAGUUGACAUGUUGAAAUAAAAAUAUCAUUUUUAAAAUUUUCUUAAAUGAUAAAGAUGUGACCAAAUAAAAGCCCUUUACUCUGCAAUGACAGAGACCAAGUCCAA